CCCGUACUGUGACCUCAGCACGUUGUACGUCAACUUAACCGAAUCCUCGAGUUCCAGAAGGCGCUCAUGGCUCGUCUAAAUAGGAAGCUGUUGUUGGGAGGGCUUACAGCCGGGUGGAAAUAAAGAGAGAGACGUUCCUGUUCCGCCCCCACAAUCGCCGCAGACAGUCCUGACAGCCGGGCAGCAGCGACACUGAACGAGGCGGAUCGAGAUCAUCUCAGCUCAGAAGAAGGAGGACUAACUCCCAGCGUGCGCCUGACGAUGGUCCUGUGUGAGGAUGGCGAGUGCAGCGUCUGCCUCCUGCCGUACUCCCGCAUGGACCGGAUACCCCGGCUGCUCCACUGCAGGCACACCUUCUGCGAGCCGUGCCUGGAGACCAUAUCCCGGCUGCACAGCGGUUACCUGGCCGUGUCCUGCCCGCUGUGCCGCCGGGUCACCUGCAUAGGGCGAGAGCGCAGCCUGCAGGAGGCCCUGUGGGUCGACCUGGAGCUGUGGGAGCGGAUUCAAGAGGCCACAGUGGUGGAGGAGCGGGAGGAUGGACAGAAACGAAGAGCGACGGUGCAGAGGGCGGAGGCGGCGCAGCAGCCCGCAUUACAGGCCGAGUGCGUUUCCUGGCGGCCGGCCCCGGCGCGCCUCCGGCUGCCCGCUCUGUUCCGGAGGUUCAGCUGGACCAAGCCGCACCGGGAGACGGUCGUCCCCAGCAGCAACAACGUAGAAAUGAAAUCUUGGCGCCGACUCUCAACAGACGACGUCUUCUAAGAAAUGCAGCCGGAGGAUCCAUUUGUCUUCCUGCUGGGAGACGGUUUUGUCCUCAGCUGAAGGUCUUCCCAUUAUUUCACCCAGGCUUAGUUCUCCCAGCUGGUGCAGUGGGAUUUAGUUCAGCUGUCCCAGUUCGCCUGACGCCCCCAACGCCCCUCACAGCAGAUGGUCCGCUCCUCAUCACCCAGCAUAACUUAUUAUUUUCUUUAUUUAUGACAGUUUGUUGACAGAGUUUGUAAUUAAACUAUUUUUAAAAUAUUUAUUUUCCACAUUUUUUUUUUAAAUGUCUUGUUUUGUGAUUUUAAGAAUCAUAAAUUCCAGUUUGAAAACUCCA